AUGAACAACCUGACCUUUCAUCCAUCCUCAGUAACAAAAUCUGAACGAGAAGAACUCCUUGGUCAAACCGGCUUAACUAUCUGGUUUACCGGUCUCAGUGGAUCAGGUAAAUCAACCUUAUCAACAAAACUAGAAGAAAUUUUAUUGAAAUCAAAUAAGAGGGCAUUUGUAUUAGAUGGAGAUAAUAUCAGAAAAGGAUUAAAUUCAGAUUUGGGUUUUACUAAUCAAGAUCGAAAAGAAAAUAUUAGAAGGAUUUCAGAAGUUAGUAAAUUGUUCAAUCAAAGUGGUAUUAUUGUUCUUGUUGCAUUUAUUUCACCUUUUAUAGAUGAUAGAAGAUUAGUUAGAGAGUUACAUCAAAUCAAUGAGUUAAAUUUUUUAGAAAUCUAUUUAGAUUCUAGUCUGGAAGCUUUAGAAAAUAGAGAUACAAAAGGACUUUAUAAAAAAGCUAGAUCUGGUGAAAUCAAAGACUUUACUGGAAUCUCUUCACCAUAUGAGCCACCUGUUAAUCCGGAAAUUCAUAUCAAAACAGAUUCACUUUCAACAGAAGAUAGUUUAGAAAUCAUCAUGGAUUACUUAAAAACUCACAACUUCAUUUGA